CUCAUGUUUUCAAUAAAAUUUGAAAUAAUAUUUCUUUUAAUUACUCUUUCUAUAUGGUAUUCACUUGGUGUCAAGAAAGGUCAUAAGAAAAAAUUCGCUAGGAGGAAUGAAAUUUCAAAAGUUGAAGAAAUAAAUGACUAUACUGGAAACAAGUGGAAGGCAAAAUUCUAUUCGCAAUUGGCUGACAGAAAACAGCUUAGAAAAUUACUAUUUGGCACGAAUUUGAAUAUGCCGAAAUGUGAGAUAAAAAAGGAAAAUCAGACAAUCGAGGGACCUUCAACUCGAACUCGGCGAGACGUAGCUUAUUCUGAGGAUAUUCCGAGUUCAUUUCUUAUCACUGAAAAAUGGCCUGAAUGCGAAGAAAUAUUUCAACAUGCAAUUGAGAAUGGUGAGUGUUCUAGUUGUUGGGCUAUUGCAGCGGCAGACUCGAUUAGCUCAAGGAUUUGUAUACGCAAAGUUAAUACUUUUCGCGAAAAAAUCAGAAGAUGGUCUGAGCAAACUGAUAUAAUUUCAAAAGAAGCAAAAUUCCUGUGGGAUUUUAGUAAUUUGCUUGGAAAUUUGAAUGAUGAUCUUACUAGCUUGAGAACUUUGUCUUCGAAUUUUGUCGAUGAAGAGGAAUCUAUGCGUGAAGCAUGGACAGUACUAUUAAUGCUCGAAUGGGUGAAAGACCAGAAAUAUACAUUCAACUCCAUAAAGGAAAAGGUUGAUGCACUUAAUGAAUUUUUCAAAUGGAUCGAGAAUAAAAACUUGCUGUUUUAUAGAGCAAUGGAUAAUGAAGAUAAAAAAGAUUGGAUCACUUUAUAUUGGUGUCAGUUUAUUGAACGAAAACAGGACGACAAUGAUAAGGAGCAUCAAUCAAUGGACGUUGAAAUGCCAGAACCAUCAUUGAUUGAGGAGUGCCUUCGACGUGAAUCAGGUAGAUGGAACAAGGAGGCUUCAACUUCCGAGAAUAUUCAUAAUUAUGAUUGGAGUUCUGCCAUGAAGAAUAUUUUCAUGUCAAAGUUGAACAAUUCAGCUAACAUUGUAUCAGCAAUCGACUUAUUUACAUGCUCCGAUAAUAACAUUAAAAAAUGUAAUUAUCAAGGAAGUCCCGCAGAAGCGUUUGCUCAUUCUAUUGAAAAGGGAAUUCUAAGUGGAACAAAUUCAGAUAUUAAGUCAGGCUGCAAGCCUUAUCCGAAAUCUUAUAUGCUAAAAAGUAGUAAAACCAUGAAAUGUGAAGAGGAAUGUACAAAUAAAUCAUGGGUGGAAACUAAGCCAAAAAAGGGAAUAGUCCGACUAUUUAUACAAUGGGAAAAUUGUGAAAAUGAGAAGGUAAGAUUAUUAUAG